GGAAGGUCUUAAUUAUGAUAAAAAGGGACCCUGAUCGCACCUCGUAAGGUAAGGAACUCUACUCCACCACGCUCACAAACUUCUCUUCUCUUGUCCAAAGCCAAGUGGUACCACCAUGUCCGCAAAGAAGUUUCUCGUUGCUGCUUUGAGCUCCAUAGCUCUAGCGGUCCCAUUCGAUGGUGUAGUUGAAGAUCGUGCAGCUUGCGCUGCCGCUUGGGGACAAUGUGGUGGUCAAAGCUGGACCGGUGCUACCUGCUGCCCUAGCGGAAGCAUUUGUGUCAAGUCGAACGAUUAUUAUCACCAAUGCGUACCAGGCGCUGCGACUACAGCUGUUACUUCGACGAGUACUCGUGUCACAACACCCGUAUCUACCCCAAAGACGAUGACAACUAAGCCUACAACAACUAUUGGCAGCAGCACAACUAAGGUACCCACGACCACUGCUCCGGCCGCUAGCGGGACAGCCGCAUGGUCAGGAAACCCGUUCUCAGGCGUCAAAAUGUGGACCAAUUCAUACUAUGCCUCCGAGGUUUCGGCAUAUGCUGUUCCUAGUCUGGGCGCCGGCGCAGCAGCCGUUGCAAAAGUGCCCAGCUUCAUGUGGCUGGAUACCCGAGACAAGGUUGACUUAAUGGCGCAGACCUUGGCGGAUAUUCGUGCCGCCAAUAAGGCCGGCGCCAACCCACCUAAUGCCGGAAUUUUUGUCGUCUAUGACCUGCCCGACCGUGACUGCGCGGCGGCGGCGUCAAACGGCGAGUACUCGAUCGCUGAUGGCGGUGUUGCAAAGUAUAAGGCGUACAUCGACGCUAUCGCCAACCUCAUCAAGACCUACUCUGAUAUUCGGCUCCUACUUGUUAUCGAACCGGACUCCCUAGCCAACUUGAUCACAAACUUGAAUGUAGCGAAAUGCUCGAACGCGCAGUCGGCUUAUAUGGAAUGCACACAAUAUGCGAUCAAGCAGCUGAACUUACCAAACGUGGCCAUGUAUCUCGAUGCCGGCCAUGCUGGAUGGCUCGGCUGGCCUGCGAACUUACAGCCGGCCGCCAAACUAUACGCACAACUAUACAAGGACACAGGAUCGCCAAAAGCGCUAAGAGGUCUCGCAACAAAUGUGGCUAAUUAUAACGCUUGGCAAAUUAGCACAUGCCCGUCGUAUACUCAGGGCAACAGCAACUGUGAUGAAUCGCGGUAUGUUAACGCUAUGGCGCCUCUCCUGAGCGCUGCUGGUUGGGAUGCACACUUCAUUACCGACACUGGCCGAAGCGGAAAGCAACCCACCGGCCAGCAGGAAUGGGGACAUUGGUGCAACGUGAUCGGCACAGGUUUUGGUACCCGUCCCACGGCUGACACAGGAUCCGACCUUCUCGAUGCGUUCGUUUGGGUUAAGCCUGGUGGUGAGUGUGAUGGUACCAGCGACACGAGCGCUACACGGUAUGAUUACCACUGCGGACUAUCGGAUGCACUAAAACCAGCACCUGAAGCGGGUGCAUGGUUCCAGGCGUACUUUGAGCAGCUGUAUAAGAAUGCUAACCCACCCUUCCAGUGAAAGGUGCGUUAGUAAUGAUGUUCAAUUCUGCUUAAUAGUUGAUGCAUAUAUGAGUUAUAAAAAAAUAAUGGGCAUGAGAUUUUUGAAGAAUUUAUGCCUGUGAAAUUCCCCGAGCAUAUUAACCACUGAGAAUAUAGGCCACACGUUUUCAUUA